ACUCACUGAGGUAUUGCUCGCAAAUAAUAAGCGGAGGUGAAACCGCCAAGUUCUCCCUGGAGAGCAUUUGGACGCAGCUCGCCUCGCGCACGGGGCAAUUCGUCACGCGCACGGGUCGCGUUUUUAUUUUUUCAUAAAACAAGAAAAAGGAUGGCGAGUUGUGAAUGAAUCUCUCAUGCUGUCCCAUUCUUUUUGUUUUUCUUUCUUUCUUCCCUUUGAAUCACGCGUUGCAGAUAGAUUGGCGCACAAAAAAAUAUAUUGAGUUGGGCUUAAGGAUUUCGCAAUAGAAAUGGUGGAUAUGAGACAGACACAGAAAGAGGGUUAGAAAGAGAGAGAGAGAGAGAGAGACUCGGGGAUUUCGCUGUAAUCAUGUUCGAAGAGUAUUGAUUCCGUGAGCGCUCUCCAAUUGGCAGCAUCUCUACUAUAUAGUACAGCGCCGGCGCGUCAUCCUCGGCUCACAUCGACGGGAGCGAGUUGUAAGCAAAUGAGAACAUGUGUGACAUCUGAGAGAAAGUGAGAAGAAGGAGCAAGAAGGAGGUGUGAGAAAAGCCAAUUUUCUCGUCCCUGACAACUGGAUGCGAGAUUUGAUUGCCGGGCUAUUUUUUCUUUUUAUAUAUAUAUAUUUGUGUGUAUAAAUAUAUUUUCUUUUUUCUUCUCCCAUCCAAGGAAAUGAUCGAUUCGUCACAUGCGCACGCCUCUUCAUUAUAAUUGCAGACAGUUGGGUUGCUGUUCAAGCUGAAUGGACUUGAAUAUGUCGCUGCCAGCAUAAUCCGUGCAGACUGGAAGAUUUAAUAAUUCACGAGGAUUUAUCGACGGCUGCUUUUGCUUCCUUAUCUGAAAUAUCAUCUGUUGCUGCAACUGGAAUGAAAAGCCCCACGACUGGCUGAGGAACGCUGGAGUCUUAGUGUAAUAGGAUGAAAUGGAUUGAAUAAGACACAUUUUUUCAAUAAUAUAGUACUCUAGGUAAAAUGGACAAGAAAUUGCUUUUAUUUUUAUUACUUCUCUUAUCCCUACACACAAGGUUGUUAUUUUUUUGAUUCAUGAUGAAUGUCCUACUCCAGUGAAUUGGCUCUGAUUGAUUCUGACUGAGCUUAAGAGGCAUAUUACAAAGCAGAUUCCAACGUGAAGUGCUGCUGAGGACAGUUUUGUCCCUUCCUUUUUUUUUAUUUUUUUAUUUUAAUAUAUUUCCCACUAAAGGGAUAAAUGUUGAUGAUGGAGGACGACGAAUUGGACGUUCAUCAGGUAGAUACAGAUUUCGAGCCGCAAAGCCGGCCUCGUUCGUGCACCUGGCCACUGCCAUGCCCCGAGGAUUUCCCCGGCGGACUAGAGGUGAGCGGGGGUCUCCCGCUGGCCGGCAUCAAGGUGGAGCCGGAGGACGUCCCGGCGUGCAGAGCCGGGCUCGCGGGUGGCAGUCCGGCGGAGCUGAAGCACCCAGCCGGCGCCCCGGCACCGACGGGCGCGACGCACCCAUGCCUGGCCGGCGCCGCGCUCGACGUGACCGGGUCCUUGCGCAAAGCCAAGUCAUCUCGCCGGAACGCGUGGGGGAACCAGUCCUACGCGGAUCUCAUUACUCGCGCCAUCGAGAGCACCCCGGAGAAGAGGCUCACGCUGUCACAGAUCUACGACUGGAUGGUCCGUUAUGUGCCCUAUUUCAAGGAUAAGGGCGACAGCAACAGCUCAGCUGGCUGGAAGAACUCAAUUCGUCACAACCUUUCCCUCCACACCCGAUUUAUCCGGGUGCAAAAUGAAGGGACAGGGAAGAGUUCCUGGUGGAUGCUGAAUCCAGAUGGGGGAAAAAUGGGCAAAGCCCCAAGGCGACGGGCAGUCUCUAUGGACAACAGCAAUAAAUACCUAAAAAGCAAAGGCAGGAUCAGAGGGAAAAGAGUAGGUCGUCCUGGGAUUGGAGCGGGAUCUGCGGUUGCGGGCCUUCAAAGCUCAGAAGACCAUGGCAGCCCAUCACAGAAAUCCCUCCCUGGACCGGGAGGUGCAUCUGGAACGGAUGGAGAGUUUGACGGUUGGACUGAUCUCCAUUCUAGAGCUAGUUCAUCAGCUUCCACCUUAAGUGGGCGUCUCUCACCGAUCCUUGCAGAAGGAGAACCAGAGGAACCAGAGGAGGGUGGACUGUCCUGUUCUGCUUCUCCUCACCUUUAUCCAUCACCGACCAGUGCCCGCUCUCCAUCCAUGGGUGCAGGAAAUCACUGUCCUCCACUUGAGCAGCUGCCUGAACUGGCUAAUUUAACAGGUGCCAUAAGCUUGGAUGAGCAAAUGAUGGAGGAUGGCUAUCAUCAUCAUCACUGUCCGCAGCAACACACACAGCAUCCUGCUGUUGGCAGGAAUAAGCACCAAACUCCUGUGUAUCACUACAACUCUGGAAUGAAAGGGCAGAUCUCCUAUGGUGCAGGAGUUUACAAUACAACAGGGAUGGGGAUACUCCGUCACCACUCACCAAUGCAGACCAUUCAGGAAAACAAGGCUACCAGUUUUUCUGGAACAAUGCGGGCGUACUCCAGUACCAAUGCACUGCAGAGUCUACUGACAGGAGGUUCUGCUGUUCAACAGUACUGUUCCAAAGACAUGAUGCUGGGACAGGAGAGGGAAGGCCAUCCUCUGAUGGGUCAAGCCAGUAAUGGAGUAGGAACCAACCACCUCAGCCACCACCCUGUGCACCACAAUGGAAUUCAUAACCCUAACAGAACUCACAACCAUACUCCUGGUCAUAAUCACAACAGUGUAAGCAACCACAACCCACCUCACAGCCUUGCUCACAAUGGUCACAGUCUCAGCCGGAGCCAUACCCACACACCACCCCGAGCUGCAGCUCUUAUCCCAUGUGGAAACAGCAAUCAGUUACAGACUUACAAUCACAAAGCUCCUUACUUGUACAGCCCCCCAUCUCAUGCUCACCUUCCUGCUUCUACAACCCUUCCCCCAAACCCAGCAGGUAUGCUUGGCAUGCCUCAGGAUUCCUGUCACGUGGCUUCCACCCCACACCCUCGUCACAAUCAUUACCCAGGCUCACAACACCAGGGCUUGACUAAUGGACCCUACCAUCAUGGCCAGGGAAUGGGUAAUGGAAGUGUUGGUAGUAGCUACCAUGGCUAUCACCAACCUUACCCCCAUGAUAGAUUACCAGCUGACUUAGACAUUGAUAUGUUCCAUGGUAGCUUGGACUGUGAUGUGGAGUCCAUCCUCCUUCAUGACAUUAUGGACUCAGGGGAGGAAAUUGAUUUUAACUUUGACUGCUCCCUCGCCCAGGGGGUUGGGAUUGGCAUGGGAAUGGGAAUGGGCGUGACUGUGGGCAUGGGAAUGGGAAUGAGCGGUUUGGCUGGUCCACAGCAGGCCCACAGCAAUCAGAGCUGGGUGCCGGGCUGAACUCAAGAACAAAAUCUCCAGGACUGCUACCCAACUCAUGAAGCACUGUGCCCAACUAUGACAUUCCUGACUCUGAACAAAGCCUAUAGGACCAAGCCCCUCAUGUCUUCUUUGUUGUCUCGACAAUUACUCUAUCACCCUGCUCUUUUAUCCCCUUCUUACUGAGAGAUCUAGUUCAUGUUAGAUUAAUUUUUUUCCUGAAUCAGCUGUACUGUGAUGACAAUCUCUCAGCUGUGCUUGCCCGGCAUCGCUUCUCAUUUACCAUGAGAACUGAACUCUGAAUGCACUUUAUUGCAAGUGGGUCACAUCUCACGGUGCAAUGCCUUCACAGAGCAGCACAGGCAGAGCUCGGCUUGUUUUCUAAGGUGGAUGCAGUAUUUGACAGGAACAAGCAAGGAACAACUCAUAGAAUUAGGAGUUAAAUUACCAGAUAGUUUCUGAUGUGGCAGAGACUAAUUUACAAAUUUUUAGUCAUGUGGAUUGGAUGCUUGAUUACGCAGAUUCGGUACUAGGUUUGAACAUGUGCUCUGCUAAAACUUAGUAAUUUCUUACCAAAUUUAAAUGAUCAGUUCUGACAUAAUUAUUCAUUUAAUAUGUGUAUUGUAGUUGUACUGCAUUUCACUUUACUUGCUAAAAUGUAUUUCAAAUAAAUAAACACAUUUGCAUAUUCAAAAAUUCUGAUUAAUUGUUUUUCUACAGCCAUAGUUUUUCACAUUUAGUCCUUGGAGGUUUGACUUUUCACUAGAAUGUAACAUGUAGUAAAGACCUCAUUGCCAUUGGUUACAAAAGACUGUCAUCAUGUCAUUAAAUGCAUGGCAUCAUUAGUGGCUGGCAAGCAAUUUGGCGAAUUAAAAAUGUCAUACCACCUUGCUUCACCUGGGCUUCUUGUACCGGUCUGUCUCCCCCCCUGCCUCUGUCUGGUGGUGCAGACAAAGUGACCAUUCCUCACACCAACCCAUUAAUGUGGCUUGAUUGAAAUUCAGCAUCUUGCUUUUAAUCUCCAAAGUGAUGCAGAGGCAAUGUGUCAUUAUUGAGAAUUUAACGUGUUGUCCUUCCUUGCUCACCCCCCGGCUGUCUUUAGCAUAAUGCACCAGGAGCGUUGAGACAAAACAGUGAUUAACUUUAUGUCACUCUGCCUGCUGUCCUGCUCUGAGAAGGGCCAAUGUCACUGUUCGCUUUCCCGCUCAAAGAGGGUAAAUAAUAGAGAGAACAAAGCCUGUUGUUGCAGUGGGAUCAGUCAGUCUCAGUUUUUAUGCGCUUUGGAUCAAUGUGUCUGAAAACAAGUAAUGUACUGACAUCGUAAAUCAUUUCCAUUUACUGUGGUAUGUUUUCAAAGCUAAUAACCUGACAAUUAAGUUCUCAAUCAGGUGCAAAGGGAAUUAUUUAAAGGAACAGGUGUGGAUUUUUGAAGUGAGAUUCUGUUAAAAGGUUGAAUAACUUCUAAUAUCAUACAUGCAGUAUGUAACUGUCUUAGUGUCUUAAUUUAGUAUAAAUCAAGAUUAAUUGGUCUAAGAGGCUAUAGCUAAUUUGUAACCCAAAGUGGAAUUUUUCUGAUUUAAAAUAACUUCUAUCUCAAAAAUGUCGUAGUAGUUGAUGGUUUUGUUUGUGUUUUAUGAACUUUUAAGCUAUUGUCACAUUUGCAUUGGGCAAUUAUUUACGCAGUGGUUGAUGGUAUUUACAAAGGAAGUGAUGGUAGGAGGCAGUGUACCGUCAGUCAUCUUCCUGUGUAAAACGAGAGCAGAAUGUAAAAUGUUCAAUAUUUUUGGUCUGAUUAGCUCCCUACUAGGCAGUGUAAAAAUCAUGAAAAAAGUGCUGUAAUAUUUUUGCUUUUUACACUUUACUUUUAUCCUAAACAUUUACUCUGACCAGAAAUUCUUUACAUUCUCUGUUCUCAGCAUAUGUUUCACAUAGGAAGAUCAUUUGUGGUGCACUGCCCCCUACCUCUGUGUAAAUAACCGCACAAUGACAAUGUAAAAAUGGCAGGGUGCACCCAGAAAGCUUUCAAAGGGAGGCCGGUUGGCAAUGUGGACAGAAGGGGAAAUAAUAAUAAAUAAGGCUAGACAUUUAAAGGUAGUGUACUAAUUUUAUUUAGUUUUACUUAACCUUUAUUUAAGUCCCAUUGAUAUUGAGAUCUCUUUUACAAGGGUGGCCCGUCAAGAUGCAAACAACAGCUGUCAUGCUAAUUGCAGGUACCAAAGACAAAGUCUAAUAAAAAAAAAUUAUAAUUUCUGGUCAAUAACUUGGUUUGUCAGACUGUUUAGCAAUAACGGCAGAGAAAAUAAAUAAGUAGAGUAAUACAUAAUAAACAUUGCAACUCACUAAAGCCUGUUCUCACCACUCUUAAAUUCAUACUCUUAAAAAAGUAUUAUGGAUAUCAGAUCUUUCUGGCUAUGCGAGGCCAGUAAGGGGUCCAGCCAAUAAUGUUUCAUAAAGGUAGUGUUCGCAGACUAGAUGGUAGUCUCAGCUUCCAGGAUCAACCUAUCUGGAUUUUUACUGACUGAAGACACAGACAAAGUUAAUGUUGUAAAGGUGAGACAUUAACUUCUUACUAAAGUCUAACAGAAUCACACUUUAAAAAGUCUUGAACUACAUCUUUACCAAACAAGCUGUCAGUCUGCGGGGUUAAAAUGUAAGAUGGGGUUGAAAUGCCACACAGUGAUCCACAUCUAGUUUUUGUGUGUUUAUUCUGCUGUCUUGUAGUUGUUGUUGUAUUGUUUGAAAUCUAAGGGGCCGACGAUGGCAGGACUUUAAAUGUCACUGCGUAAGAAUUGAAUCCAUUGGUGAAAUGAUGUUGGUAUAGUGCAGUAUGACCUUCCUAAGUUCCAAUGCCAUCCACCCCUCCCAUAUGUGCUCUGCUUAGUCGUUUUGUUGGUGAGAGGGUAUGUCUGCAGCUUAUUUUACCACUGGCCUUGGGAGAGCUAAAAAGAAUAGGAAACCCCUACUCUCUAGAUCCCUCAACAAGACUCUACACACUCAUAAAAA